AUGUCUAUUUUUACGCCCACGAAUCAAAUCCGGCUGACCAACGUGGCCGUGGUCCGGAUGAAAAAAGGAGGGAAGCGCUUCGAAAUCGCCUGUUACAAGAAUAAAGUUGUGAGCUGGAGAUCUGGAGCAGAAAAAGACCUGGAUGAGGUUCUGCAGACCCACUCUGUUUUCGUCAAUGUGUCUAAAGGUCAGACGGCCAAGAAAGAAGAUUUGGUGAAAGCUUUUGGGAUGGAUGACCAGACAGAAAUCUGCAAACAGAUUUUGGCCAAAGGUGAGCUCCAGGUGUCAGACAAAGAGAGGCAGAGUCAGCUGGAAACCACGUUCAGAGACAUUGCAACCAUCGUGGCGGAAAAAUGUGUCAACCCCAACACGAAUCGGCCGUACACGGUCAGCCUGAUUGAGCGGGCCAUGAAGGACAUCCAUUACUCCAUAAAGGCCAACAAGAGCAGCAAGCAGCAGGCUCUGGAGGUGAUCCGGCAGCUGAAGGAGACCAUGGAGAUCCAGCGGGCCCACAUGAGGCUGCGCCUGGUGCUGCCCGCCAAGGAGGCCAAGAGGCUGAAGGAGAAGCUGAAGCCGCUCCUGCAGGUGGUGGAGAGCGAGGACUUCGACGAGGAGCUGGAGAUGGUGGGCCACAACAAAGCCUCCACUGUGCUGGCCGCCGGCCUCUUAUCCGCCUCCCAAACCGGGUUUGAGGCCUGUAGAGUUUCCCCGGGCCACGUUUAA